AUGUCUCACACGCUCUGCGACCCUUGCAAGAAACUCCCAUCAGAAUGGCUCAUCCCCCGCUUCCACGAAACCUCCCCAACAGGAGCAUCACAUCACUGGACACAUGCCUCCUGGACUGAAUUCCAAAAAAGCGCCGAAUCAUGUUCACUCUGCUCUCUCGUGAGAAGCGAGCUCCGGCCCACGGCAAGGAAAGACUUCUUCCAGACCCAGGAGCCCGGCAUCCGGUUUACGUCAUCGGGAUUCUCGGGCCUGGAGGUCUGGUGCGUGGAAGAGCAGCAGACGUGCAGGCUCACGAUUGGGCUUGAUGGAGAUGAUAUCAAUCGCGUGCCACCAGAAAGCCGGAAACUGUUCCAAGCACGCAUUAUAAGUCCCAAGGCCGGAGACGACAAAAACAUCGCUACCAUCAAAUCCUGGCUACAUAAAUGCACCGCAACCCACACCAAAUGCUCCUCGUGGGGCCAGCCAACCUCACCAAGCAGCAGAUAUCUCCCAACCCGAGUCCUCGAUGUUGGGGACUCGAAUUCCCCAACGAUAAGGCUCCAUGAACCAAAGGACGACGAGAAUGAAAAAUACAUCGCACUCAGCUACUGCUGGGGGAAAGGAAAUCCCUAUCUGACCGACCGCGCGAACCUACAACGCCACCUCGACGGCGACAUCAAGCUGUCCGAUCUCCCCAAGACGCUUUCCGAUGCCGUCGAGCUGACGAGAAAGCUCGGCGUGAAGUACAUCUGGAUAGACGCACUGUGCAUCGUCCAAGACCACCGCGAAGAUUGGAUCCAUGAGGCUGCCAUGAUGGACAGAGUCUACCUCCAAGCGUACCUCACUAUAGCAGCUUCAGCUUCUGCGGACACAAUGGGUGGGCUGUUCACGCCUCGCACGCCCCGGCACGAGACAUCAGCGCAAUUGUCCUGGCCGCAAGGAGAUGGAAAGGAGCCGAUUACACUCCACAUACUACCGACAUUCGACAGUCUCAGCGACGAGCAGAAGACAUCGCCCUUAGCGACCCGCGGCUGGACCUUCCAAGAGCGCGCCCUCAGCGGCCGAACCCUCCACUUCGGCGCCCACCAAUCCCACUUCGAAUGUCAAGAAGCCAGCUUCUCGGAGUCCUCAGCGCCCGACGACGCCGGCCACCGCACAGGCGACUUCUUCGAGAUGCGCGACAUGGCGCCCACCACCACCAGCGAGCCCAUCCCGACGCACCUCCUCCACAGCAAGUGGGCGUGGGUGGUCUCGCAGUUCAGCUCACGGCGGCUCACGGCCGAAGGCGACGUGUUCGCCGCGCUGGGCGGCAUCGCGGCGCUGUUCGCUGGCAAGGACGCUCUCGGCAAGUACUUCUGCGGGCUGUGGGAGGACGAGAUCCACAGGCAUCUGCUGUGGUAUAGCGAUAGGGAUGACGAUGAGGGGGGAGUGCCGGCCGAGCAUACGAAGCCCGCGGCGUAUCGCGCGCCGUCGUGGUCGUGGGCGGCGGUCAAGGGACCCGUGCGGAACAGGGCGCUGGAGAUUUUCUUCCGGGUGAGCAGGGAGGAGGGGAUCAGGAUGACGGAGGAGUUGGGGUCGGAUGGCCUGAGGUCGCAUAAGCUUUUGCAUGUUAGGGCGAUUAAAGUCGAGGUGGAGGGGUCGACGUCGUUUGGUCCUGUCAUCGAGGCUGUUUUGAAGGUCACGGGCGUGGUGUAUCCAGUCAGGAGGGCGAGGCUGCUGCGGAGGGGCGAGUAUGCGCUGCAGAUUGCGGAUGGUAGGACCGUGGGGAAUGUUAUUUGGGAUGUGGAUGAGGUGCCGGCGAGGGAGACGAAUCUCUGGAUAUGUCCAGUGAUGCAGCGGCAAAAGAUCGAGAACGGAUGGGCUGUGAGCGAUUGUUUGAUAUUGAGGACAUCGGGCGUCAAUAUGGAUGGCGAGUUGACUUUCGAAAGGGCUGGAGUCGGCAGAACUACGAAUUUCUGGGUCAAGGGUGCUGUUCAUCAAGACUUCACUCUGGUCUGAUCUGUUCACAGCCGUUGUUGUCACUUCAAGAUACUCAGGGAAAAGGGAAGCAAUAAUAUAUUUCCAAAGCUUGUCAUUUUUCAAGUAGAUAACGACACGAUCACAAUU